CCCGCCCUGAACUGAGGCAGUGACGCUCUAGUCCUCGCACCGCCCAUUCUCUCUAUGCCACUCGAUGGUUCUCCCGACUGCCCUUGCGCUUACCGGACGUAGACGAUUUCUGGAUUGAGGGGCCGUCUCUAAAGUACUGGCGGGGGAAGAAACGAGACUGGGAAGGGGGAUCCGGGGAUUGUAUGUUGCGGUGGUUGUUAGUGUAGAAGUGUCUGCGGGUGGAAGCUCCUCCAAAGGUUUGGACCACUUCAGGUAGUAGUAGACCCAAAGAUUCACAACUGCAGAGAAACAAUGAUGCCUUCUUCGAUGCUACCAGCUGAAGGAGAUGACCUGGAUUCCUGUAUAUUAAGAUUUCCAGAUUUGGAUUUGAAAGAUACAAACUUUAUUUCUCCUAGUAAUAGUCUCAAAGCAGAAUUAGAUGCUAAUAUGAAGAAGAAGUAUGCUCAUGCAAAAAAAAAGGCAUUUGCCCUCUUGGUUAAAACAAAGGAAAUUCCAGAAACCACCAGCUGCUCUUCAUCUCUCUGCAAAGGAGUGUGGUGGACAUGCUGCCAGCAGAUCUUCAAAGACCAAAUUGGCAUCCAUAGACAUAUAGCUGCCCAGCAUGGAAGAGAUGUUUAUCAUCAGACUUCUUCUGUUUUAAAGCAACUGGCUUCUGAAGCUGGCACCCCCAAACCUUGUGUAUCUGCAGACAAGACAAAUGGAUUAAAUGUGUCCCCUUCCUCUCACCAUCAAGUUUCUGCUGACUUCCCAGACACAAGCUGUUUUAGGUUUGAUGAACUGAUGAGUGCAGAGGAUAGCAAUCAAGGAAUAGUGCUAUUAUAUUAUUGUUACUGUGAUGUAGAGGACCCAGAAUGGCUUUGUGCUUGGCAGAAAGCAUUGUGUCAACACUUGCACCUCACAGGAAAGGUUCGAAUUGCUACUGAAGGAAUCAAUGGAACAGUGGGUGGGAGCAGAUUAGCAACUGAUCUUUAUAUAGAAGCAAUGCUUUCUCAUCCUUUAUUUAAGAAUAUCUUGUGUAAGGAAGAUUUUAAGACCAGCAAAGGAGGAGCUUACUGUUUUCCAGAACUUCGUGUUGGUGUAUUUGAAGAAAUUGUGCCCAUGGGAAUCAAUCCCAAUGUGAUUUCCUACAAAAAACCUGGAAUCCAUUUAUCCCCUGGUGAAUUUCAUAAAGAAGUUGAAAAUUAUUUAUAUCAGGGUAAUCAAGAGCAAAAUGACACUAUUCUGCUGGACUGCAGGAACUUUUAUGAAAGUAAAAUAGGACAUUUCCAGAAAUGCCUGGCACCAGACAUCCGAAAAUUCAGUUAUUUUCCUAGUUAUGUGGACAAAAACCUAAACCUUUUUAAGGACAAGCGUGUGCUGAUGUAUUGUACUGGGGGCAUUCGUUGUGAAAGAGGUUCAGCCUACCUCAGAGCUAAGGGAGUAUGCAAAGAAGUAUACCAGCUGAAAGGUGGCAUCCACAAAUACUUGGAAGAAUUUCCUGAUGGUUUUUAUAGAGGGAAAUUAUUUGUUUUUGAUGAACGCUUUGCUCUCUCUUACAACAAUGACAUCAUUUCAGAAUGUACAUACUGUGGAACCAAGUGGGACCAAUAUAAACUGUGUUCCACCUCACAUUGCCACCAACUCAUCUUGUCCUGUUCAGACUGCCGAGAGAAAGGGCUUACAGCGUGUUGUCUCACUUGCCAGGAUAAAGGAAUCAAGCUAAUUUCAAGUCCCAGUGAGAAGAGUUUUAAAGAAGAAUGUGAUUGUACCUUGAAAAGGCCCCGUAUACCAAUUGAACUUUCACAAUAAUCAGGACUUAGUGGAUGGUGUAUAUAGGCAAGCUACCAACUUUUGUGAAAUUAUGCCAUUGCUUAUGUUAAGCACAUCUUCAGCAUUUCCCUGUGGGGUUCAUGGUGUCAAUUAUGAGGGUCAGGGUUAUUGGCCUACCUCCAUGAGAAAGUCAUGACAGUGAUAGUAAUGGUGCACAGUAGACUAGUGUGCUUACCAACAAAAGUAUUGUGUUCCAUCUGUGACUUAUAUCGUAUCAUCUUUGGGCUGAAUUUAAGACUGGUGGGAAUAAGGAAGUGAUGCUGCUAUCAUUAGGCUAUGUUCUUAUCUGAGCAUUUGGAAACAAAAAGGGCUGAAAUUGAUGUGGGGGAAACAUAGUGACAUUGUUUGUCUACUUGGAGAUGAAGCCUGUUCAGGAUUAUGUCUUUGGCAAUCCUGCAGUAGAGGAAUGCUUAGGCCGUAGAACUGAAAAGUACCAAAUAUACAGGACUCCAUUGUUAACUCUCUUUAAAUUAUAGCAAAGUCAACAUGUAAUUUCAGUUUUGUGAACUUAAUGGACAAUAACAAAUACUUAUUUAAAGAUGUCUUAAGAAAUUUUAGACUCUUAUAAUUGCCAUUGUAUGUUUCACAAACUAGAACUGUGAGAAUGUCCUACAUGUACAUUAGUGUGCAUAUGCAGGGCCUAAGACUCAAAAUUUGUUCCCUUCAUUUGCAAUUUGGGGUAUCAAGCUACUAUUUUGAGACUAUCUGGAUUUUUUGUAUUGGAUGCUUGAUAGUAAAGAAGAGAGAAGGUAAGACAUGCGAACUUCUGCCAAUGUUGCUGUUUUUAGGUUAGCUUUUUAGAAAUAAGAAACCUUUAGGAAUUAGUCUGCAGAUUCCAUUUUUCAAAGUCAUUUCUUCUUCCAUUUAAAUCUUCAAGACAUUUCCUUUACUUUGUAGAAACAUCUCAAGAUAAAAAGUCAUGGUAGAAUGAAAUGGGGGAAAAGGAUAGUUCUCUGGCAAUAGUAUUUUCACAAACAUUUAUUAACUUUAGUUGUUAUUGAAAUGCAUUUGUAAAAUCAUCCUUAAUUAGUAAUUCCUGGCUUAUUCAUUAUUGUGAAUUUUUGAAAUUAUAUAGGUAACAAAAGGAAUAAUUGCCCUGAUCUUUAGCAGGAAAAUUGCCUGUGUGACUAAAUUUUUUCUUGCCCAACAACACUUUAAGGGAUUAAUUUCCAUUUUGUUAGCUCUGUUAUACUGGGCCUUAAACAUACAAAAUUAAAUAAUUUGAAUAUAAAGUUCAUUGUUAUCUGAGAAUCUCAAACCAUGGUAUGCAUAUAGCUGGUACUCAUUAGUGGAGAGUGGAUAGCAGAAGUUGUUAACUAUUUGGAGUCCAUUACUUCCAGCAAAAAUACAAAGGUCAUUUUUCAAGGACUGAGAUAAGAAAUAUACAUAGGGCUAUCAUUUAGUCAUUUUAAUAAUAAAAUGCCUUGAAAUAGAUAGGGGCACUUGACUUUCAGUCUUGUUAAGAAGACCAAUUCAGAAUUUUAAAAAUAUUCAGCACAUGUGGAAAUAGAACCAAGCUGACAUUUUCUAACCUUGUUAACCUAUAAAAGGUUAUUUAAUUUAAUAGGUUAAAACCUAUUAAAAGUAUCCAGGGUUUUUUUGCUUUAUAUGUAGCAAAUUUUUUAUGUUAACUAUUACAUCAGAAUUCCAUAGAUGAAAAUGAGUCUGGAGAAUAAUAAAUCCAUAAUCUCACAUGGAAGACUUUAAUAAUAAAUAUAGUCUCAUUAUUGAUACUUUGCUUUACAUAUUUUUAUGUUCCUAUUCACUUAGUCCCUUUGGGGACUUAAAGGAGGCCUUAAAAUAGAAUUAGACCUCAGCUAUCUAUUACAGAAAAUAGUUGGCCUUUAUUUGACCCCAUGGAGACCUUGAAGUCUAGAAGCAUGAAGAAGAAGGCAAGAGCAACAUUGGGGCAGCACUGAUCCCUAAACCAUAGGAGCAAAUGGCCUCUCGAACAUUUAAGACAGAGAAAUAGCUGGAGAUGUCAUUAAAUCUUGAGAAGUGAUGGCAGCAAAGGGGAGUCACACAUCCUGGCUAUGUCAUUCCAUGAAGAAAAUGUUUUAGAGAUACAAGCAUGGUCUCUUAGCUUUCUGCUUUGGAUAUCACAGGCAGUAAAGAUGCUACACGUGUCCAUCAUGGAAGAUGCUGAACACAGGAUUGGGCUAGGGAUUUCCAAGCUGAAGGAACCAGGCCUCUAGAAAAAACAGCCAUUGAGAUAAUAGCUAAGCCUCCCCAAAAAACCAAAACACCGUUGGACUGAAAGUGUCUGAAUCAAACUUAUGUAAAUUAAAUUUCAUUUUAAUGUAAUAGGGGAACUUCUAUUUACAUAAACUGUAAUGAAUUAUUUAGUAAAGCAAAUAGUUGUUCUAAAGUUAAAAUCACCCCCAAGUGUAUCUGUUUCAUAAAGUAUGACUUUUGUAUGUUAUUAUAAGACUAUCUGAAAGUGUGAUAUGCCUAUAAAUCAAAAUAACCACUGUCUCUGAUUCGAGGUAGGAAAACCUAAAUAAGUUUAAGAUCUUAAGGUACUUCUAACUUUUGACAUGUCAUCAAAGCAACUAAACAUAUGCUUGAAAUUAGUAGUAAUAAUUUGUAUUUCUCAGGUAGUGUGCACCUUUCAGAGUAUUUUCAUGUGUCUUUUGAGCCUCGAAAUCACUCUGUAGUAAACCAGGCCACUUAUUUUUGUCCUAAUUUUGUAGGUGAGGAAACUGAGGCACACAGAUGAAGUGUUUGCCCAGGGUUAUCCAGUAAGUUAAUGGCAGGACUUUGGGUCUUCCCAAUCCUAAACCAGUGUUCUUUCCAUGACCCUUGCCCCUUCCUGUAGAAGGGGUAACACAUAGGUCAAACUCUGAUCUUUUCAACUAUUCCCAUCUACCUAGGAAGUCUUAAUGGAUACUGUGUUAAUGUCUUAGAUAACGUUAUCAUUAAAUAAUGAUAAAGAUAUCUCUCUGUUGCUUGGCUUUCAAGGCAACUAUAGACUUCAUCAUUUCAUGAAAUUUGAAAGCACAGGAGUGGUGGGUAAUAUGCUGAUGUCAUAAUUUAUGUAUCAAAAAAGCUAUAUGUUAUAGAAGGAUCACUAGACACAGUUCUUGUAGACUUGAAUUCGGGUCCCAGUUUUAUAGUUUAUUAGCUUGCCUGUUCUUGAGCAUCCCAUUUCCCUUUUCUAGGCCUUGGUCUCCUCUUCUAUAAAAUGAAAUGGGACUAAAUCACCUCCUUUGUUUUUCUGUGAGCUAUUUAGAUUUAUUUAGAUGGGGUAGAGUCCUAAUCCAGUGGAGAUAUGGAUGACUUUGGAAAUGGUGAUAGAACAUAAUGUGAAUUGUGGCUUCUGCACAAUAUUAAUUCUGUGGUAGAAUCUUGCAUGAACUCUUCAAGAGCUCAAGAAAGUGGAUAUCUUUGCAGGGUAUGUAAACUCAGCAAUUUGUAUUUUCAGAUUGGCUGAACAUUCUUUUGCUCAGAUUUUAUUCUAAAAGACAAAUGCCAAGAUUUUUGUUUUCAUGGACAGAGUCCUCCAUGACACACAAAACAGUAAUAAGACCAACUGAUUUAAUGUUACAUUGUAGCUUACAGUGAUUCAGAGUGGUUUCAACAGUUUCCUACAGAAUGGUGCUUUUUCUGGGCCAUAUUUUGAGGCUCAAUACUCCAGCUCCAUCUAUAGUGACCUUUACUAUAGAUAAAUUAAUAGAAAUAUAUAUAUAUAUAUAUAUAUAUGUAUGUAUGUAUGUAUUUUUCUUCAAAAGCCAUUGAAACAAAAAUAACCCCUCCUCUUUAUCAGUAUUCUGUAAGUCUUCUGAACUCUUCAGCUUUUUUGGCAUGUUCUUAAGAGGUACUAAAUCACAAAUUAUAAAUCUUUCCAAAGGCAAUAAAAAUAUUAGUGUAGAUGGCACUAUGGCAUAUUAAAAGGCACAAGUUCUUUUGGACUUUGCAUUAUUUCUGUCAGAUGGGACUAGGAGGUUUGUUUAAGAAUCAUUUUUGUUUGCUCCAUAGAGAUGUACAAUGUGACAAAACCAGUAGACAUUCAGAAAUGUUCCCAGCUAGACCACAUCUUGUUAUAUAGUUUGGCCAGAUUAUUCCCGUUUUCCAUUUUUUGUGUAUCUACACCUAAAGGAUGGUGGUGUCUUUCCAAAUUUUACUUUAUGCCUGGAAUCAGAUCAAGUGGUCAUUGUUUGGUAAAGAAAAGAUAGGAUGGAUUGUCGAUUAGCUUUCCCACCAUAACAAAUAUCAAAUCUAUAGAUGUUCAUCUAUCCCUGGGUUGUUUUGGGGUUAUAUCAUUCUACUUUUUUUCAUCCAUAUAUUCUUCAGCCUUACAUAAUGUAAAAAAAAUAUUUUCAAAUAGAAUUUUGUCUGCAGGUUUUCUUCUAUCAUAAGACUGAGGGAAAAUCCUUUCUGACAUAAAAUGCCAGUCGGUAAAUGCAUUAAAGUUGUUUUUAUUAAAGGAAAAUUAAAGCGGAGAUAUGGGGGUUGAGAAAAAGAGGGGCAGAUUUGGAAACUGAACCUUAUAAUCUAGUUUUUGAAUAUUCACUUCCAAACACUCAAAAAACCUCUUUGUUGUUUUUAUUUUUGUUUGUCAAUAACUGUGACUGCUGUUAAGAAAAUGUGGCCUUAUUGCUCCUGUUUUUCUGUAGGAAUUAGAAACUCAAUGUUUUUGAGCUCCUAACUUGUUGAGUGCAAUUCUGAAAUUCAGUUCUUAAAAUUAAAAAAGAAUCAUAACAAUGACUAUCAAACUGUUAUAUUUGCUAAAGAUUUGAGAUCAGGUUUUAAAAUAAAGUUUUUUAUAAUGUUUCUAAAA